UUACGAAAAUGUGUAAAUUUAAAAUCAUACUAAUUUUUGCUGCUUUAUUGAGCAUUACUUCGGUCGUAAAAGCUAAUGGUGGACCACGCCGUU